ACACAACUACACACACAUACCCACAAAAAUAUAUUCGAGGAAAAAUUUAGUACAUAUAUUGUAUCUAGAAAAAGGAACCUGGUAAAACUGGUGCAGACAAACAGAUCCUUGAGGCUUGAGCUUCAUAAAACUAGACAUCUGAUCUGAGUCUGAGAAAUUGAGUUGUGUUGAGAGGGAAGGAUGGGGAUCAGAUUCAUAUUGAUGGUGAACAAGCAGGGGCAGACUCGUCUUGCCCAAUACUACGAAUAUCUCACUCUCGAAGAAAGGCGAGCUCUUGAAGCUGAGAUCGUCCGCAAAUGCCUCGCCCGCACCGAGCAACAGUGUUCAUUUGUUGAGCACCGAAACUACAAAAUUGUGUACAGGCGCUAUGCUUCGUUGUUUUUCCUGGUUGGAGUUGAUAAUGAUGAAAAUGAGCUUGCAAUUUUGGAAUUCAUACAUCUGUUAGUUGAAACCAUGGACCGCCAUUUUGGCAAUGUGUGUGAACUAGACAUCAUGUUCCAUUUGGAGAAGGCGCAUUUCAUGCUGGAAGAAAUGGUCAUGAAUGGAUGUAUUGUCGAGACAAGCAAGUCUAGCAUUCUGGCGCCAAUACAACUGAUGGAUAAAAUGUCUUGAGAAAACGCCACAUUAGAUGAUAGUUUGCUAAGGGUUUGGGUUGGGUUGUAUUGAGUUUGCAUGUAUUUGUGUUGCCGGUUGUACAAUAACUGCAAAGAGGAUAAAUACCGUACUCUUUCAUUGUUAUCAAAAUUUCGGUUUAUUUUUUUGAAUAACAUAUAUAUAAUAUGAGGAAAAAUACCCUUUUGCUGAAAAA